CCCUCCCUAUCCCACUCAUUAGUGUGCUACAUUUCGCUGACGAUCUCUCGGGGCAAACGAGCGGCGCAGGACUAGUUUCGCUCAUCAGAAGAGAUUUAAAUAUCAUUCCGGGACAUUUUUUCGUCUUCUUGUUAAUCGUGGAAUUGAUCCUGUCGACUUUAAGAGGACAAUUUGACUGUGAUAUCGGCGCAGAUCAGUUUAGAAGAUGGUUCGAGUCUCCGCAAUAUCGGUCCUUAUUUUGGGCAUCGUAGUUCCAGGGUUGGCCGGCUAUAUUGAGGCGCUUGCAGCCAAUGCAGGCACAGGUUUUGCCGUAGCGGAGCCUCAGGUGGCCAUGUUCUGUGGGAAGCUCAACAUGCACGUAAACAUCCAGACAGGACGCUGGGAACCGGAUCCUUCCGGGCUGAAGAGCUGUGUAGGAACCAAAGAGGGCGUGCUGCGCUACUGUCAGGAGAUGUACCCUGAGCUCCAGAUCACUAACGUGGUGGAGGCCAACCAGCCAAUCACGAUUGAGAACUGGUGCAAGAAGGAGAAGAAGCUGUGUAAAGGCCACGCCCACAUCGUGGUGCCUUACAAAUGUUUAGUGGGGGAGUUUGUGAGUGACGUGCUGCUGGUUCCUGAGAAGUGCAGGUUCUUCCACAAGGAGAGGAUGGACAUGUGUGUCAGCCACCAACAGUGGCACGGGGUGGCCGAGGAGGCCUGUUCCAAGGGGACCAUGGUCCUUCACAGCUAUGGCAUGUUACUGCCCUGUGGCAUUGAUAAGUUCCAUGGUACAGAGUAUGUAUGCUGCCCCUCCCCUGGGGAACCCUCCCUGCCCGCCAUGCCCUCCCAGGAGGAAGAAGAAGAAGAUGAAGAGGAGGACGAAGAGGUGGAGGAAACGGCACUGGAUCAGGAUGAUCUUGUAGAGAAGGAGAGCGAGGCCCCAGCUGAUGAGCAGCCCACCACUCAGAAAGAGGAGGAGCCAUUGGAUGAGGAAGAUGAAGAUGAGGAAGAGUACCACUAUGUGUAUGAAGAUGAGGAGGCCGACAGAGAGGAAGAGGAGGAGGAGGAGAAGAAAGAGAGGGAUAGUGUUCCAGAGAGCCAGGAUGAAGACAAGACCCUGACAGAGGUCAAAGCGGUGUGUACCCUGGAGGCUGAGACCGGCCCCUGCCGUGCCUCCAUGGCCCGCUGGCACUUCGAUAUGACAACCAGGAAGUGCGUCCGCUUCGUGUACGGGGGCUGCGCUGGAAACCGCAACAACUUUGACUCUGAGGAAUACUGCAUGGCCGUGUGCAAACGCCUUACAGCAGUGCCCCCCACCCCUCAGCCCACUGACGAUGUUGACGUGUACUUCGAGACGCCCGCUGAUGACAAGGAGCAUACACGCUUCCAGAAGGCCAAGGAGCAGCUGGAGAUCAGGCACCGUAACCGAAUGGAGAGGGUGAGAAAGGAGUGGGAGGAGGCAGAGCGUCAGGCUAAGGAGCUUCCUAAGGCUGAGAGACAGACUCUGAUCCAGCACUUCCAGGCCACGGUAGAGUCUCUGGAAGAGGAGGCAGCCAGUGAAAAGCAGCAGCUGGUUGAGACCCACCUGGCUCGGGUAGAGGCCAUGCUCAACGACCGCCGCCGCCUGGCGCUGGAGAACUACCUAGCCGCCCUGCAGGCUGACCCACCGAGGCCCCACCGUAUCCUGCAGGCCCUGAGGCGGUAUGUGCGCGCGGAGAACAAGGACCGUCAGCACACCAUCCGCCACUACCAACACGUACUGGCUGUCGACCCUGAGAAGGCUUCCCAGAUGAAGUCCCAGGUACACACCCUGACCCCUAACCCUGAACAGGUGAUGACCCACCUACGUGUGAUCGAGGAGAGGAUGAACCAGAGUCUGUCUCUGCUCUACAAGGUUCCCUACGUCGCCGAGGAGAUCCAGGAUGAGAUUGGUUCAGGGAUGUACGGCCAGGACGGGCUGAUCGGAGCCGAGGAGAGGAUCAUCAACAGCAAGCCCAAGAUCAACAACAACAUGCAGGUGGUUGAUGAGACUCUGGAUGUAAAGGAAGUGAUAUACAGUGCUGAGAGAGUCAACGUUAUGCAUGGUGAUGAGCUGGAAUCCUACCGUCCUCUGGGUGAGGACUUCAGCUUCGGGAGCUCUGCUCUGAUUGGUCUGCUGGUGAUAGCGGUGGCCAUAGCAAUGGUGAUAGUGAUCAGCCUGGUUAUUCUGAGGAAGAGGCAGUACGGAACCAUCAGCCACGGCAUUGUGGAGGUUGACCCCAUGCUGACCCCAGAGGAGCGACACCUCAGCAAGAUGCAGAACCACGGCUACGAGAACCCCACCUACAAAUACCUGGAACAGAUGCAGAUCUAGGAUUGGCUGUGGCACCGAGCAGAGAGGAGGGGCCAACAUACUACUGACCAAUAACAAAAAAAAUACUCUCCUCAGAAAAUAAUUUGCGUAAAUAACAUCAGAUCACAAUACAUAUACUGAUUUGUUUUCAAACCGAUCCUUGAAGAAUAAUGCUAAAACUACUGCUACUAUUGUACUUUCCAGCUCCCUUUGAGUCUUGGGGUUUCUUUUAAAAGGGUGAUGUACGUAAUCUCUACGUUUUCUAUAACAUGUGAUUUAAUAAUGAAUUAUUACUCUCUGAAGAUUUAAGAUGUGUUGUUUAUUUGUUUGUUUAUUUGUUGUUUAAAAAAAAAACAUGCAACAAGGUAAGAAACCAAAGCAACGCCAUUGUUGACUAUAAAUGUAUCUCGUCAUCAGACAACAAGGAGGACACUAACAUUUUGUUUUCUCAUCGUACCAGUGUCCCAAAACCUUCUGACGGUCUUCUCAUAUUAACAAAGUUGUUGUUGGUUUCUUUUUCAAUAGAUUUGCUUGAAUGUGAAGGUUCUUUGUACCUCUUAAAUGAUGUAGUGAAACUACAAAUGAGGAAAAAGAAUGAAAACAAAAUCAUGAAUUCAGUUACUUUCUAUUCUUUGUUGUGAUUACAAACAAAAUAUACAUAAACAGUUUAAAAUAUAUAUAUAUAUAUAUAAAUGAGCUGUUUUUAUUCCACCAGGGAAGAGAGGCUGAAACUGGGAUGGUGGCUGAGCUAGGUUGGGAUGUUGUGUUGCAGACAGACAGGAGCAUGUGCAGACAGACAGGAGCGCGUGCAGACAGGCGGAAGCGCGUGCAGACAGACGGGAGCGCGUGCAGACAGACGGGAGCGCGUGCAGACAGACGGGAGCGCGUGCAGACAGACGGGAGCGCGUGCAGACAGACGGGACAGCGUGCAGACAGACGGGAGAGCGUGCAGACAGACGGGAGAGCGUGCAGACAGACACAGGAUAGUAGACAGACAGACACAGGAUAGUAGACAGACAGACACAGGAGAGUAGACAGA